AUGGUAUGCGCCUUUACUCGCCUCUAUGCUAAACACCCUCGCUCACAAACACAGGUAUACAAGGGCAAGGACGAGAUCCUCCUCUCAGAACUCAUCCUCAACCCCACUCAUUCCAUUCUCACACAGUCCUUCGACUCACGCCUACGCCUCGACACGCGCCGCCCGCACAACGGCGAUGGCUUCGGCAUCGGCUAUUACACCUCCCCCUCCCUAGGCCCUGAGCCCUGCGUCUUCACCUCCACGAUUCCAGCAUGGAACUGCCUCAACCUCUCGCGCAUCGCGUCCAAAACCACAUCAAGCCUGAUCUUCGCGCACGUCCGCGCCACCACCGAGGGCAACCUCAGCGACCAGAACUGCCACCCGUUUUCAUACAAGCGGCUGAUGUUCAUGCACAAUGGCGGCAUCGGCUCGUUUAAGCGCAUCAAGAUGAAGCUCGCCAUGUCGCUCAAUGAACGCUGGUUCACACUGGUGCAGGGCUCGACAGAUUCGGAGUGGGCGUUCACGAUGUUUCUAGAUUGCCUGGAUAAGGCGGGACAUGAUCCGGACAAGGAUGGUCCUUUCGGGCACACCGUGUUAAGAAAGGGCAUUCUGAAGACGAUUGAGCGGAUCAAUGCGUUGAUUAAAGAGGUGGUGGACAGGGACGGCGUGGACGAGGAAGACAGCAGGAGUCUGCUGAACUUUGCGGUCACAGAUGGCGAGAGCGUAGUAUGCUCGAGGCUGAGCCUGGACAAAAAAGACUACGUCAUGGAGCGACGGGAUAAAGGCUCCGAUAUCGUGCUUGUCGCGAGCGAACCGUUGACUUUCGAGAGAGAUAACUGGGUGACCGUUCCAACCAACUCAACCGUGACUAUUCACAAACAGACUGUCAUGAUUCACCCUAUCAUCGAUGAUUUUUACUCCGCGAAUCCAGCACACGCGCGAUCUGCGGGGUUUGCACAAGCGAAGGGGCAGACGAUCACAGGCCCUGACAAGGUAGUGCUUCAGCAGCGCGUGAACGGUGAGGGGAGUGGGGGCAGGAGUCCGGAUCAGAUCAGUAAGGAGGUGGUGAGGGAGGCAAUCAGUAGGCUAACGGGGCGAGCUCCACAAUCCGAGAGGAUGAAGCUUACCUUUGGACGCAAGACGACCUCUGGCAACCUCGGAUUAGCUGGCGCAUGCUACAUGGACAUCAAGUAUAAGCACCAAGAGGGCACUACGUCGGUUUAUGAGACCCUUCCGCCAUCAGCUUCUAUAGCCAUUACAUCGGACCUGUCCUCACCCAGCGUGCCUACUAUCCAAUCGACGAUCGCAAACUCGACUGCAGCUUCUCCACAGACCUCGGGAUCUCCGAACGAUAACGGCACUACUUCCGGAGGAGGUGGCUCAAAUAACACUGGGAUAAUAGCUGGUAGUGUUGUAGGAGGCCUCGCCAUACUAGCUAUAUGCUUCGUAGCAGUCGUGUGGCUGCUCAAACGCGGGAAGCGCGAGAAGCGCGAGAAGCGCGAGAAGCGCGAGAAGCAAGCUGCAGCAGAUAUGGCGCAUCAAAGUGCUAUGCAAGAACCGUAUGCGAAGGCGGAGCUUCCCAGUGAUGCGCCUAAAUAUGCGGAUCAGCAAAACACGACGAGUUUAGCGCCAGCGCCGGCACCGGUUCCUCCUGAGGAACUCUACGGGAGCGAGCCAAGUGGGAACCCUUAUGGGCGCGGAGAUGUGAGUGAGACGAGGGGUAUGAGAUCAGUGCGAUGA